CUCAUCUCGUCGGCGAGUGAGCUUCCUUCGCGCGGGCUGAGGUGAAAAGGUGGAGAGGGUUUCCCGCGUCUCGCGACGAGGGUUUAGGCCCAGCCACCGCCGCCGCCGCCGCGGUGCCAGAGCCAGCUCGCCGCGGGCAACAGAGAGGAACUUGGAGCUUCAAUGGGGGAACCUAGUGUUGCACGUUCCAAAGACUGUGAUAUGGAGUAUGAUGAUAGUUCUUCUAGACAAAGUGGCGAGCCUUUGUGGGAACAUGCGGAAGGUGUGGAACGAUCUGUCGAUUAUUCAGAUGGCUUGCCCCCUACAAGCAAGGGUAUGUUUCAGUCAAAUAAAAGAAAGAGCAAAGCUGCAGAUGAGGAUCUUCAUAUGAAACUUCGAACUCGAUUGGAUGCUGAAGUUGCUAGAAUGUUCUAUUCUUCAGGAUUAUCCUUAAAGGCCGCGACGGACCCAUUCUUUAAGAGCGCAUUCUCUCGUGCCACCUCCAUGCCUGGUUUCACGGCUGAAGAGGAUGAGCAUCAAGAUGACCAGCCUUCCCUAGUUACACAAAUGUUCUUUUCCAUAGGUUUGUCCCCCACUAUUACAAGGAACCCAUAUUAUCGGGGUUCAUUCGCUAUGGUCGCGUUGUUCCAGAUUCCUGGAUAUGUUCCUCCUGGGGUCGACCAGCUGAAGACAACUCUCUUGCAGAAAGAAAGGGCUGACAUUGAAAACAUGCUGCAGACCAUAAAAAACACGUGGAGGAAAGCAGGUGUGACGAUUGUUUCUGAUGGGUGGUCAGAUUUUAAAAGGCGACCUAUCAUCAAUAUCAUAGCUGUCAAUGAAGCUGGGCCAGUUUUUUUGCAAGCAAUUAACAAUGAAGAUGGGUGGAUGUGGAUGAUGGAUGACUACAUUGCAGAGAAGCUCAUUGCUGCAAUUGAAGACGUUGGAUCAGAAAAUGUUGUCCAAGUGAUCACAGACAAUGAUCCUUUUUGCAGAGCUGCUGGGGUGCUGAUUGAACAGAAGUACAGUCACAUCCAAUGGACGCCAAGUGUUGCUCAUUCUUUAAGUCUUGCCUUGGAGAAUAUUUGUGCUGCUAAGAAUGCCGAAAAUGUUGUCUUCAAAGACUGCCACUGGAUUUCAGAAGUUAUAGGGGAUGCAAAAAUGAUAAAUGAUUUUAUAAGUAAUCAUUCUAUGGUACUAUCCAUGAUCAGCGAGUUCAGUAAGCUGAAGAUACUUGGCAUUGCUCACACAAGAUUUGCUUCAGAUAUUGUCAUGCUAAAGAGGUUUCGGUUUGACUAAGCAAUCUCUUAUAGGGAUUGUCAUCAGUGACAAGUGGUCCGUUUACAGUAAAGAUGACGAGGGGAAAGCAAAGCUUGUGAUGAAAAAAACUUACUGAUGAAUUGUGGUGGGAUCAAGUUGAUUACAUUCUUGCUUUCACAGAACCGAUAUAUUCAAUGAUACGCAUCACGGACACUGAAAAGCAAUGCAUUCAUUUGAUCUAUGGAAUGUGGAAUGAUAUGACAGAGAAGGUAAAGGCUAUUAUUUAUAAACAUGAAGGCAAGGGGGCUGAUGAAGAAUCAACUUUUUACUCUGCUGUAAAUGGCAUUUAGUAGAUUGGUGGGGCAAGACCAGAACUCCACUCCACUGUUUAGCACAUGCACUAAAUCCAAGAUGAGUCCUGGUUUAAGUUACUAAAUGAUUUCUUUUUUAAGCCAUGUAAUAUCACUAUCUUUUGGUCUGUUCUGUAGGUGUUACGCCGAUAGUUGGAUUGAUGAAGGCGCUAAUCGUCAACCCCCACAUAGUGAUGCUGAGAUUAAUGAAAUGGCAAAUGACUGCUUGAAGAAAUUAUUUCCUGCUGCAGAUGACUUGACGGCGAUUAAAGCAGAGUAUGCAAAGUUUUCUCUUUUGAGCACGGAGUUUGCUUCCUCAGGAGCUAGCCCUCACGAUUCUUGGCCAUCCUGCCUCGGCAUCCUGCUGUGAGAGAAACUGGACCACAUAUAAAUUGAUUCGCGCAGCCAUGAAGAUUGAGAGCCGUCCUAAAUGGGUUGAUGAUUUGGUGUUUGUCCACACCAGUUUGCGGCUUUGGACAAGAACCACAGUUUUACUAUAGUGAUCCAGAGUCAAUGUUUUGGGACAUUGGGGGUAACGCCGAUAUUCUUGCAAGCUUAGUCCCUGCUGAUUUACUUGAGUUUGCUGACUUCUCACUCGACGAACCUGAGUUCGAGCUUGCCAUUCUUGAAGGGCUGGAAGGUGAUGAUUUGGCAUGAAGAUGGAGGUGGAUUGGUGGAAGACUUUCUAGAAUCCUAGCUCAAUCUGUGAAUGGCCUGAUGCCACCUUUCCUAUCAGGCUGUCACUCGGGUCUACCUUGUCUUUUGGGGAAAGUGGUGUGUUUUGGUUAUGUACUUAUGUGGCCACUCUGGUAGUAUGCAAAACUUUGCAGUAUGCAAUGCUACUACCUCCGUCCCAAAAUAUAACCACUUUUAGCUACGAAUCUGGACACGGUUGUCUAGAUUCAUAGCUAAAAAUGCUUACAUUUUGAGACGGAGGGAGUAUAUAGUAGUGGUAGUGAUGGACUGGUGGUAGACUGGAAGUAUGCAUGCAAAGCUAUGCAAUGGCAGGUAGUGGUAAUGGUAUUAUGCAAAGCUAUGUGAUAAGACUUUGCUAUUAUAUAUGCAAAUCUGUGGAAACUGGACGGUUUGCUUUUUA